UGCAGAAGAGCGUAGAAAAUGCUUGGAUAAGGAAAAAGAACAAAGGCAGAAAUGGAGAGUCUUGAAUAGCAAAAAAUCCUUAAAUAUUGCUGAUGUGCGCUUAAGCUUAAACAAUCAAGAGAAUGAACAAAC